AUGACUAGUCUUGUUGGGCCCAAAUUCUUCUCAGCAGUGAACAAGGCUGGAAUGAUGACGGAAGGGUAUGGGUGGAUAGUCACCGACGGGUUAUCCAAUGUGUUAGCCCCUCUGGGUCCGAAAGUGAUGGAUUCUAUGCAAGGUAUCGUGGGGAUAAGGCCAAGACUGGAAAAGUCAAGAAGGCUUACAAGUUUCAGAAAAAGAUGGAAAGCUUCGUCAAUUAACUCAGGCAGUGUGUCUUCUUCCUUAACCUUGUUUGGACUUUGGGCUUAUGACACAGUUUGGGCCAUCGCCAUGGCAGUAGAGUCUACGUUUGCAAAUUAUAAGGGUAAUGACACACUUAUAGAUAGAAUCCUAAGUACUAAAUUUGAAGGCCUCUCUAGGAAUUUCAAUUUGAGUGAAGGACAACUCGAACCCUUAGAGCUUGAAGUAUUCAAUGUGGUAGGACGUGGUAGGACGCAAAGAGAGGAUCAUUGGACGUUGGAGCCCACAGAGAGGACUAUUCCUCGACAAUCAUGGGAGUUCAAGAGGGAAACUGAUGCCACCAAUAUGGCCGGGGUGGAAAGGCGGUCGUCAAAUAGCACUCCGGAUGUCCCUGGCUUUAGUAUUGAUGUGUUUCUGGAAGUGAUAAAAGCUUUACCUUUUCCUCUUCCAUAUGAGUUUGUACCGUUGCGGAUUAGAAGCAAUGGGUCCUCUGGAGGGAUUUUUAAGGAGCAUGAUGCUGUGGUUGGAGACAUAACUAUCGUAGCUAACAGUGCGGAACAUGUUGACUUUACAUUGCCGUUUUCAGAAUCUGGGGUGUCAAUGGUUGUUUCGAUGAAGUACGAUGAGAGACAAAACAUGUGGAUCUUCUUAAAGCCUUUGAGUCCAAGUCUUUGGCUGACCACUGGUGCAGCAUUCGUCCUCCUCACAGGUAUCACUAUAUGGCUUCACGAGCGGCAAACAAACCCAGAAUUUCAAGCAUCACCGCAGCAACAACUUGGGAUGGUGUUCUGGUUUUCUUUCUCCACCUUAGUCUUUGCUCACAAGGAAAGAUUAGAGAACAAUUGGUCACGUUUUGUGCUGAUCCUAUGGGUAUUUGUGGUGCUCAUCAUAACACAAAGUUACACUGCAAGUUUGACUUCCAUGUUAACUGUUCAAAGAUUGCAGCCUAAGUUCAUCGAUGUAAAAGAAAUAAAAAAUAAUAAUUACUCUGUGGGGUAUCAGAAGGGGUCUUUCGUCAAAAUGUUUCUGAAGAAUCAGUUGGGAUUCAAGGAUGAGUCAAGGUUGAAACCAUACGAGACGCCUGAAGAAUAUGAUCGAGCUCUCGCUAGUGGUGAGGUUGCUGCUAUCUUUGAUGAAAUCCCCUACGUGAGGCCCUUCCUCUCAAAAUUCGGCUCCAAGUAUGCUAUGGUGGGGCCAACCUACCAAACUGCUGGUCUCGGCUUCGCAUUUCCACCAAAAUCUCCGUUGGUGUCUUAUUUUUCGAGGGCAAUCCUAAAUGUGACCCAAGAUGAAGAAAAAUUUGCAAGGAUUAAGGGCAAGCACUUCUCCGCCGGAAUCAUAUCUGAAAGCGAAAGGGGAUCAUCAAUCCCAAACAGUCCCGUUAGUCUAACUGUGUCCAGCUUUGGAGGGCUUUUCAUCAUCACAGGGGUCACUUCUGGGAUUUCACUUUUGUUCUAUUUGUUUGAGUUUGGUUACUCUCCGCUAGAAGGAAGAUCUCUUUGGUUGUUGCAGUUAAACGCUCGAAUAGUGAAGUGCGUGGAUCAAAAGAAUAGGUCUUUAUCUUUGAACAGAAGCGAUCUCAGAUUAUACCCUGCAAGUAAUAUUGUAGGGGGAGGUAGUGACGCCUUUCAACGUGAGCAUCAGUCAUCAUAG